UGAAUAUUGAAUUCGAAACACUGCGUUGGUAUGUAGCUUUAUUUUUCCACGUGUGUAUCUAUAUAUCCUGAAGUUAUAAUUUCAAACGAUUGGCUCACAAAAUGCUUCCUUGCCACCAGCAGUGAUUCCAGUGAUUUUGUAGCCAUCCGUUUUUACUAUACGAAAUUCAACACCAGUGACCUUCAGCUCUGAAGUCACACUUUUAAAAUGCAGAAGCCGUUUCUGUCAGAAUAUGUAGAACCUCCCGAAGGACUUCAUAAACUUUUGGAAGUAGACAGAGUUACUGUGAAGCAGAUAAAACUGGCCCAAGAUGCAAAAAAGUAUGAUGCAGUGAUGUAUGAAGCUGUACUGGAUACUGCUGAAUUACUUUUGAGAUUUGUAGAGAAAUCCAGUUUUGUACAACGUUUCUGGUGUGGUUCCCAUAGAGCUUUCGAUAUGGAAGUACGCAAUGUGAACGGGAAACUUGUUAUGCAUCUUCAAAGACCAAUGAGAUGCCCGUCUGUAAUUUGCUUCUGUUGUCCUUAUGAAAUGAAAGUUGAAGCUCCAGUCGGUGAAUCCUUAGGAAGUAUUGUUCAAAAUUAUGGACGACUUGGUCAUACAUUCUCCUUGAAAGACUGGAACGGUAAUGUACAACUAGAUCUAAAAGGUCCUUGGUUUUCGUACACUUGUUGCUUAGAUCUUAUAUUUAAGAUUUAUGCACAUGGCUAUCAUAAAUCGAUCGGACGGAUCAUACAUCGGUGGAAUCAAGAGUUCGACAGUUUCCGUAUCGACUUCCCCCUAGAUUUGGAUUAUCGUAUGAAACUUCUGCUUAUAUGCGCCGCAAUAUUUUUGAAUACGAAAUAAGCGAAGCCCCCUCAGUGUAUAGAUAUAUAUACAUAUGCAUAUACUUGGUAUAUGUUGCAAAGUUCAGUGGAACACAAAAAUCUAAUGAAAACCAUUACAUUGAAAAUGAUUUCGUCUACUUUGGUAACAAAUAAGACACGCCUUCCUCUUCUUCUUCUUCUACGCUGUUCGGUGUUUUUGUUGCUAUUUGUUUACUCAAAAUGUAUUUAUUUCAUUUUGUAAGUUCAUGUUUUUUUCAAAUCAUUUUUGUUUUUGUGGAUUAUAAUUUCCUUAUUUCUUUUUCUUAUUCUUAUUGUUAUUGACUGGUUGUUGAAAAAAACAAAAACAAACUAAACACAAAAGUGUGAUCACUAUUCAGGAGGUGUUUGCUCUUUUCUUUCUUUUCUUUUCUUUUCUUUUCUCUUUAUGUUAUGUAUUGUGAUUGUUACUGAACUGAUACACUGCUAAACACAUGCAUCACA